GGGUUGGUGUUCAAGAGUAGAGGGUUGAGGAUCAUGUCUAGCAGGGUGGAGAUCGGAAAGAAGGCUCGAGAUAUAGAGCCUUGGGAACUAAGGCAAAUGCUGCAGGAUCCGAGUAGUGAUAUUUUGGAUGAUGUCGACGCCAAGCUCCAGAAAGGCCAUAAUAGAAUAAUCGUGGAACUUGAAUUAAAACAUAAAAAACCUCAAAACGAUUUUAUAAAUAAGCCAUCGUUACCCAAAUAUUCUGAAGCUCUGAGGGAAUUACGAAGAAAAGAAUUUGUUUUAAGAAAUUCAACUUUAACAAAUCUUUGGAGAAGUCCUAACGUACGCUCUUUAUACAACUUAAUUCUUGCUUUUUUUGUAUUCCUGUACCUGCACAUCGCUAUCUUCUAUUACUUUAAUGUCGAACGGUUAACAAGAGAUUUAGCAUUGGUUUCAUGGUCAUUUGGUCAGUUUCACAUUGUUACUGCCGUAUGGAUUGGCAUCAACUUAUCGAUUGUUUUCUUUUUACAUCCUGUCUUUCGAUUCUGGGCUUCUUUUAGAGCAUUUGCGAAGAAGAAGGGACUUGAUUCAGCAAAUAUACUUAUGCUACUUCAUUCAUCUUUACAGGAUUUGUAUGCCAAGAUGCGCUGUAUUUCUCUCUAA